GUUUGUCUUUAAGCUUUGGACUCCCCCUUUUGUACCUGAGAAUCAUGAUGAUGUCUACACUGACUCUGUCCUGUGCCUGAUGUACAGCAGCACCCUGAUUCCAGAGUCUGAGCUGCCCCCUGUGUUUGUCAGAAGGGCGUGGAAGCGGCAGAGAUCAGAGCCGUCCUCCCCAGGAGAGAGAAAGAAGCGUUGCCACGGGAGGAUGGUUGUUCCUCCACCUUCGCUGUUUGACCGAGUGACUCCAAGAAUAAUGAAAACACGGCAGAAGAGCCAAGCUCAGAAGGCCCUGCCCGGGGUACCACAGAAAACGUAUUUUGCAAGGCCUUUGUCAGCUCUCCCCAGCUCAGCUGCAGACACUGGGCAGGAUGGCCCUGCGUGGCUGAUUGCUGAAGACGUGGCACUGCUAAAAGCCAUGGAACAGUCACGGACAGCUCCUCUAAAGCUGGCUGUUGUGUCACCAGCAAGGGCAGCAAACUGGGACUUUGUCAGCGACGUGGUCAACUCCUCCAACCACGUCUAUCGCUCCCCAAGGCAAUGCCAGAGUCGUUACGUAAGAGCCUUGGCAGGUCCAGAGGGAAAGAACAUAGGUGGUUAUCCUCCUUGUGCCAGAAAAGCCUCUGCUAAGGAUCAGGAUUGUGAGCGUGCCCAAGUCUAUAUGAAUCACUUUGAGCUGGUGACAAUGACUACUAGAAAAAGAAGUUCCUCAAAUAGGUUUCUUGCAGAGAACUACAAUAAUCUCCUACCAAUGUCUGGGGUUGUUUCCACCUGUGCGGAGCCUUUGACGGUGCAGGAAAAGGCCUUGAGUGAAGAACAAAAAGCUUCUCCCACACAGGAGCAACAACCUGGCCAGCAGCAAGAAGAGGAACAAACAGUGGAGCAAAUCCAAACCCAGUGA